AUGUAUUGUUUACAAAAUUAUGCAACUGAACACAACCGUAUUGUGCUUGUAUCUAUCGGCAACCCUCGGUCUGAUCUCUGUCAAUUGAUUUCUAGUGUUACUAUCUUGUUUCACGGAGCAGUACUUUAUUCAGGACGUGUAAAAAAUCUAAAAACUUAUUUUCGCGACAUUGCUUUUCCAUGUCCAGAAAACGAGAAUCCAACUAUGUACUAUCUAUCGCUGGCCACAUUAAGCUACGAAACAAAGAAUGCUCAUGAACGGACAAAUGCUCAAGCGUGUCGUUUAGUUGAGACGUUCAAG